AUGGAAGACGUUUUGCAGCUGGUCAGCACCCUCGGUGCUCCCGCGCCGUGGUCCUCGCCAACUUCGCCUAAGAAACCGACAGCCACCUCGACCUUCCCGCCGCCUUCCCAGGACCCGAAACCUAGCCAAUCACCCGUCUUCUCCGUCCUGCAGAAGACCGCCAAGCUUGCGCUUUCCUACCGCAAUGGAGUCUCAAUACAGGCCGCUUGCGACGUGGCGAAGCUCGAGCAGAAGAGGCAGAUAUUGGAGCUUCGCAUGAGCGAGGCCACCUCCUUUUCACAGUGGGAAGAAGCUGCACGCGAGCUCGACAAGCUCGAGGGCAACGAUGUCUGGAAGCGCGACCCUGCUACCGGCGACUACAGCGCCAACAUUAUCGAAUCCCGCCUCCGAGAGCUCGACGCCGCCCGGGCUAACUGCGACCUGCGCGAGAUGCUAUUUCUCGUCCGCCACACGCUCUCGCGAGAGCUCGGCGGCAUGGGGAGUGCCGACCUCUACCGAUACUCAUAUACGGGCACCAAGCGCACCAUCGAGCGCUACGUCGAGUCUGCUGUCAAAACGAUAGAGUCGCUAGUCGAAAGGACGGACUCGCUGGCCGGUUUGCCGGCUGACAUGCGCGUACAAGACGUCCUAGACGAGCUCAUCGACACGAGGCAAAACUUUGGCCGCAGCGCCCUGAUGCUGAGCGGAGGCGCGACCUACGGAAUGACGCACAUUGGUGUGGUCAAGGCUUUGUUCGAGGCUAAGCUGCUCCCCCGCAUCAUAUCGGGGGCCUCGGCAGGCUCCAUCAUCUGUGCUGUAAUAUGUACCCGCACAGAUGAGGAGGUUCCCGAGCUCCUCGAGUCUUUUCCCUAUGUCGACCUCGCCGUGUUCGAGGAGGAGGGCAACGAGGACACACUUGCGGGCCACGUGCGCAAGCUACUGACCGAGGGUAGCUGGUCAAACAUCCAGCACCUCUCGCGCGUCAUGCGCAACAUGUUGGGCGACAUCACCUUCCGCGAGGCCUACAACCGCACACGCAGGAUAUGCAACAUUACAGUCUCCAGCGCCUCCAUUUUUGAGCUGCCCCAGCUGCUCAACUACUACACGGCCCCCGACGUCAUGAUCUGGUCCGCCGUCACCGUAUCGUGUUCCGUGCCUGUCCUGUUCCAGGCCGCAUGUCUACUGGUCAGGGACCCCCUUACUGGCGAGCACCUGCCUUGGAACCCGUCGCCGCAGAGAUGGAUCGACGGCUCCGUCGACAACGACCUGCCAACAUCGCGUCUAUCCGAGAUGUUCAACGUCAACCACUUUAUUGUCUCUCAAGUCAACCCCCACAUCGUCCCGUUUCUGACCCCAGAGGACCGCCUCCUGACGCUCGAGGAGCGCGCUCAGGCGAACGCACCCGACUCGGUCACGCUAUCUUCGACAUGGAAGAACCUCAUGUCUACCCUCACGACUCUGGCCAAGGACGAAGCCAUGUACCGGCUUAACUUUGCCGCCGAGAUGGGCGUCUUUCCCAACAUCUUCACCAAGCUGUGCAGCAUGCUCAGCCAAAAGUACUCGGGCGACAUCACCAUCAUCCCCGAGAUCAGCUUCCAGGACCUGCCCCGGAUCCUGAAGAACCCAACGAGCGAUUUCAUGCUCAAGUCGUGUCUGAUUGGCGAAAAGGCAACCUGGCCCAAGCUGCGCCGGAUCUGCGACCACUGCGCCAUCGAGCUCGCCAUCGACCGCGCCAUACACGACCUCCGCACCCGCGCCGCCUUCAGCCCCAGCCAGGUCAACCUGCGACGCAUGGGCACACGCUCCGGCGAAAUGGGCCAGCCAAUGACCAAGCUGCACCACCGUGAGCGACGGCGGUCGGGCGGCAGUCUGCAGCUGCUCGUGCGGCAGCGCCAGAACAGGGGAGAGGUUGAGCAGAUAAUGACUGACAACGAGUCCCGCGGCGGCGACGACAAGGACUCGAAAGACUCGUCGGACGAUGAGGAAGGCGGUAUGCUCGAGCUGGACGUCGGUAGAGCCAGGGGUGGUGGUGCCCGCAAGAGGUCGACUGGUGGCAACUCGGCGAGCGCGGCCCUGGCAGGCGGUGGUUCCGGCCGCAGAGGCGGUAGCCUACUAAAGCCGGUGCUGCGGCGGGCGACUCGCAGCCACAACGCGCUACCUGUAUCGUUCAUGUCCAAACUCUCGACCACCGAGUGCGACUCGGUGACGACCAGGGGAUCUAGCGCGGAGCAGUGCUCCUUCGACGACGCCGACAGCCUAGAAAUGGUGUCGGCGGCGUCGGAGCUCUCGCGCAAGACCCCAUCGUCCUUCCUGCCCCUCACCUCCCGCGAGGACUCAUACGUGGCCGUCGCUGCGCCCCGCCUACAGACCCCGCCCCGAAAGGAGUCUCCGGUGGCGAUGGCUUCAGCAGCACCUCGUUUUGAUCUGCUCCUGUCACCAACAGACGAGACCACGAUGGCGGAUUCGUCCGUCUUCGACGCCGAUGUCGACUCGCAGUCGGACAGGUACAGCGUGUCGUCUCCAGACUUCGACCCUGCCCAUCCUUCCAGCCCGCUGCUAGAGAGUAGGAUGAAGAGAAGCCAGGAGGAGGAGGCUAGGCGGAAGCAAGAGCAGCGGCAGCGUGACCUGGCGGCGGCGCGGCGCCGUUCGCAGUCGGAGAGCUGCGCCAUCGACGUCAACGACGCCAAGUACGCCGAGGUUCCCGACCCCCGCAGCGGCUCCGACGGUGACGGCGUGUGGGAUUGA